UCACUCCGCGGCUGGACCCAUCUCGCGCUCUCCAUUCAUGCAGUUUGGUUGCGUGUUGGUGUAUUUUACUGUUUGCAAUAAAGAGGGGGGGAUUUUUUUUUGUUCAGUUUCUGCUGCAAUUAACUCUUGGUCCCUUAUACGUUUUUUUUUUUUUUGGCAAUUUUGCAGAACGGUUGAAACAGUUUUUUGGUGGUUACAUUUAUUUUUUAUAUAUAUCUAUAUCUAUAUAUUUUGCAAUCAACUAUUAAGGUGCAACUAUGCCCAAAAGAAAGGCUCCAGCUGAAGGCGAGGCAAAGGAGGAGCCAAAGAGAAGGUCGGCUAGACUAUCCGCUAAACCUGCUCCGCCUAAGCCGGAGCCAAAGCCCAAAAAGGCAGCACCUAAGAAAGAAAAGGCAGCAAAUGAUAAAAAGGAGGACAAAAAAGCAGCAACAAAAGGGAAGAAAGGAGCCAAAGGCAAAGAUGAAACUAAACAAGAGGAUGCUAAAGAAGAAAACCACUCUGAAAAUGGAGAUACCAAAACUAAUGAGGCACCAGCUGCUGAAGCAUCUGAUGAUAAGGAAGCCAAGUCCGAGUAAUGUUAACCCUGCCCUAUUAUCUCCAUCAUUUGGUAUCCGUACCUCCAUGCUGUAUUGUUAACAGAGAGGAAUAUUUUUAUCAACUAUUUUAUAAAUGCAGGUUUUUUUAGCAUGAAUUUAAUUAUGGAACAUCUUCAUCUCGGUUACUUGGGAAUUAAAUCCCUAACAAACAAAACAAAACAAAAAAAUCAUUGUUUUUAAAUUUUGUGAUUGUAAUAGUUUGUAUGGUACAUGGAAAGAAUAAGUGGUGGUAGCUUUUGACUUCUGUCAGUGUGUCCCUUUUUGUGUAAGUCAUGCUUACAGACUUCAGAUUUUAAUUUUACCCUUGUAUGUGUUGUAUGGUUUCUUAAAGUGGGGAGGUCUCAAAACAAAUAACUGUGUUAAACAUUCCAGUGGUUCUGUGGGUUGCUUUUAUAAAGAAGGUGAGAUAUUUUCAUGAAAAACCUAAGAGCUGGAAAUCUGUUGUUUCCCAAAUGUAAUUUUAUUUUGUCAGUUUUGAAAAAUAAAUAAAUAAAAGUGUAAUCAUGUUUUUAAAUGAAAUACAAACAUUUCUUUUAAAAGGGCAGGUUGGUUGUAUGUACCCACUGUUAGGAAUUUUGCUGGAUUUAUCUUAAUAAAAAAGACUCCUCAAAAGCUGA